CACGCCUCGACUCCCUCUCCCUCUCCCUCCUCUCCGCUGUGCUCGACGACGCUCUCGCAUCUCGCACGCUUAGACUCACUCCCGCGACGUCACGAUUACUGCUCCGCACCAUCCCAGCCGGCGUCGAGCAACAUACAUAUCUCCAUCACUCGGGAACCACGGCCACACUUCCCAUUCCGCCUUUCUCGUACGCUGUCAAGGCCAUCCCACACCCACACCCACACCCACACGCACGUACGCACGAGGACGAUCAGAAGGAGUGGUAGACCCGUAGGUUGCUGCAGAUAUGGGCAACUGUGUUUCGAACUCGGAGGACCGAGAGGCGAAGGCGCGGUCGGACGCGAUAGACAGGCAGAUCGAGGAGGACCAGAAGAAGUUCAAGAAGGAGUGCAAGAUCCUGCUGCUUGGUUCAGGCGAAUCGGGUAAAACGACGAUCGUGAAGCAGAUGAAGAUCAUCCACCAGAACGGAUACUCACAGACAGAGCUCCUCGCCUUUCGCCCGCUCAUCUGGAAGAACCUGCUCGAGAGCUCCCACGACGUCAUCAACGGCCUCUCCAAGGUCGGCAUGGAAUGUUCAAACCAGGACAACAAGAACAACGUCGGCGUCAUCCAGGCGUAUGAGCUCCAGCCUACAGAUCCUGCCUUCACCUUCAACCCAGAUAUCGCAAAAGCAAUCAAAGACCUCUGGGGCGACGCCGUCAUCCCAAAACUGAUGGAGCGUUCGUCCGACUUUUAUUUGAUGGAUAAUGCUUCGUAUUUCUUCGCAGAAUCAGACCGGAUAUCGGCUCCGGGAUACAUCCCGACGCCAGAAGACGUGUUACGAGCACGAGCGCAGACGACGGGUAUCACGGAGACGCGGUUCAACAUGGGCGAAUUGUCAAUACACAUGUUCGACGUCGGCGGGCAGCGAUCCGAACGGAAGAAGUGGAUCCACUCGUUCGAGAGCGUGACGUCCAUCAUCUUUUGCACUGCGCUUUCUGAGUACGAUCAGGUGUUGUUGGAGGAGAAGAAUCGGAACCGGAUGGUCGAGUCGCUAGCGCUCUUCGAGUCCGUCAUCAACUCGCGAUGGUUCCUUAGAACAUCAAUCAUACUCUUUUUGAACAAGAUCGAUGUGUUUCGGCAUAAACUGCCAAAGGUCCCACUAGAACGAUAUUUCCCGGAAUAUUCGGGCGGGGCGGACGUGAAUAAGGGGGCGAAGUAUAUCCUCUGGAGGUUCAUGCAGGCGAACAGGGCGAGGUUGAGCGUUUAUCCACACAUAACACAAGCAACCGAUACCUCGAACAUCAGACUGGUGUUCGUCACGGUGAAAGAAACGAUCCUACAUAACGCACUCAAGGAAUCAGGAAUUCUAUAGCCCUCGGCUCCCUCUCGUCUUCCGCGCCUUCUUUCUCUUCUUCUCCUGGCCUCUCUUCAUUCCUGGUUCCUUGUCUCGUUCUCUUCUUUCACUUUCGGUCUCACCUCUGUUCUGUGCUCAGUCUCGUUUUGUCCACAAGUCACUCGUUCGCCUCGCUGUUGUAGCACUGCUGUCUCACGUCCACGCCCAGGUUCACGUCCACAUGUUCCACGUUCUACAUCAUGAUCAUCUCGUCCCUCCAUCUUCCGAAUGCAUACAUAUCAUCAGCCCGUCAUCGUCGUCAUUCCUUCACAUCUCCCACACGGCGGCCGUGUGUGCGCCAUCCGCGUCCGCCGCAUCGCAUUCCUCUGUCAUGUACAUCGCUCACCGGCUUAGGCUCAGCCUCCCCUGCGCCAUCCCGUCGCUACUCAUACUUGUCGUACUAUGGAUCCAUCCACCUUUUAUUACAACUUUUUCCCCUUUGGUUGACUGGCUUGAUCUUCUUUUUCCGUUUUCCGUCUCUCGAUUUAUCGUUACUUUUUACUUUUGUCUCUGCCUCAUCAUCCCGCUUUUUCUUAUCUGGUUCUUGUCGGUUUGUCUGCAUCGGAGAAGAAGGGAGAAUGAACCGUUUGCCGUCGUCGCCGAACUUGUUAUAUUCCCACAUCAAUUGAUUGAUUUUACCCUACUCGUCCACUACAUAUCCCUACCACCCCAUCUUUUGCAUCGUUCCCCUCCCUACUACCCCUACGUAUAUUACCCAACCCUUUUCAUCUCGCCUCCUCAUCUCCUCAUCUCCGCUCCUGUCUCCGUUUUCAUCUCUCCUGUUCCUGUUCCGGCUGCAAUCGUAAAUUACCCUCACGUUCCACUCCAUCUCCAUCUCGUCUCGUCUCAUUUCCCUUCUCUCUCCGAACUUCUCUAGCGCCACACACAUCCCCGUUCUGUCUUUUCGUCGUGUUUGCGCGUCGAGCUUUUUUUCAGCAAUCGACAUCGUUUAUUUUUGUCUUUUACGCUUCGGGCCUUGAAGCUCGGCUUGGCUAGGUUUCAUAUAUCUAUUCUAUUCCUCCUUUCCUUUCCCUUUCCUUACCUUUCACGCUUCUCUCUACGCUCCUCUGAAUCCCGUUCACGUUGUGGUGUCGCGUUCCGAGUCUGCCGAUACUCCUGUUCGUGUUCAUGUUUCGUUGAAUCGAGCCGUGUUGAAGUGAAAUUCAAUCGAUAACGUUGUCGAUU